UUGGCACUAUCUUUAAGCAAAAGCCCAAAUCUUUGCACCAUUUAUAGAUACCGUUUACGGUUCUUUUCCUGAUCAACCCAUCACUGUUUCAGACAGCCUCCGGGACACACUAGAGACAGGCACUAUGAGUGCAAUGCCACUCAGACGUCUAGGUUCGGUGGUGCUGGGUGCCUGUAGGUCCGAGGCGGCCCAGCCGCUGACGGCUUGCGGAUUGCGCUCCCGGCCUUUCCUCCUGCGCAAUAGCUUUUGGUCGCGCUCCUUUGCAACCGAUAAGGAGGAUAAAAAGGAAGACAAAAAUGGGUCUGCCGCUGCGGAGGAGGCGAAGGCCGGAACCAGCGACGACGGCGCGGCCGACACGUCGGCGAGCGCUGAGACUUCGGCCCAGGAGCUAAUGGCUCAGCUAAAAGCAAAGGAGGAGGCUGCGGCUAAGCUUACCCAGCAGGUGGAAUCUCUGACGGAUAGCCUUAAACGCACCCUCGCCGAAAUGGAGAACUUGCGAGCACGGACGGCACGCGAGGUGGAUGUGAGCAAGAAGUUUGCGAUUCAGGGCUUUGUGAAGUCGCUCUUGGACGUACCCGACAACCUUGAGCGAGCUGCCGGGGUGGUGCCACCGGAGGCGCUGAAGGAGGAUGGGGGCCUGGCUCCCGAGAAGCUUCGCAGCCUGCUGUCAUCACUACUGGAGGGUGUGCGCGCUACGGAGAGCAUCAUGGUGAAGGUGCUCAAGCAGAACGGGGUUGAGCGAUACGACCCGGCGGGCCAACCGUUCGACCCCAACCUACACAACGCCCUGUUCGACGUCCCCGACCCCACGAAGGAGAACAACACCAUUGCCAUCGUCACCAAGAAAGGUUACAAGUUGAACGACCGCGUUAUUAGGCCGGCAGAGGUCGGCGUCGUCCGGAACGUCACAUCAUAGUUGGCUCAAAUGCGAGCACAAGUAGAGUCAAGCGUCAAGCAGCGAAGAUGUCAAGGGGUAAAAAUAGAAACCAAGAUGUAACAGACAGCCAGAUGGGCAUGCAGCACGACAGCACUUAACGUAGGCAACACUAGCAACGCAUCAGCGACCCGCAAGCUCAGUUGGAGGGUGCAAGCGCGGGCGUUGCAGCAUGCUGAGGACUCU